UUUUCCCCCCUGAAAUUUUUAAAACAAUUCGAGUCCUUUCCCUUCAACCCCCUUGGCCAAGUGAAGGGUGGUAAACAGUAGCCUUUUGUGAUUUUCAGUGAGCUUCUCACUUUUUAUUAAUAUAAGACCUUUUGGAAGUAAUGGACAUUUCUGUAUUUAUUUUUUUCAGCCAUAGUACGCACAUUUUCUGUUGAUUACUUUUUAGACAGCUUCAUGUAUUUGUUUUUUCAGUUUAGUACACUUAUUACGUUUAUCCCCAUCCUGUGUCACUUGUAGUACCAGUGUCCUUUGCUUUACCCCGACCUUUUGCCAAAGGUCAGCCCCUCCCCUUUCAGGAAGAAAGGCUGGAGUUUAAAAUCAUACAGUUUAAUCUGUUUUGUCAUUUCUGGACCUUGGCUCAUGCAUUUUCAUAUUGUUGAUUCUUGGAGGGAAAAUGCUGGCUCGGUCUUUGAAGAAUACAUGAACUGAUGAGAAGCUAGUUUACCUUUGCACUGCAAAAGAUAAGAUGGUUUCUAACCUAACCACUAUGCUCCAGUAAUAUCUAUCAAGUGCCAAUGAUAAGCUCUUGGUCAGAGUAUGCUGUCAGUACAGUUGCUGCCAGCAUGGGGUUAUCAAAUUUCCAUUUGUCAUUUUAAGACUUGUGUCUAUGUUAGAGGAGGGGAGGUCCCUGGGCUGGGUCAAAUCUGGAGAUGUGGAGUUGUCCCACUGGUUACAGUCCAUCUUAUUUCGUGCUUGAGGGGGGUAAAGGAGUGGGGAGGAGCAUCAGGGAGUUAUAAGCUCCCCAGCUCUGUCGCUCCACCCCCCGCGCGCUCGCUAAGGAUUGGUGGAGUGUGCGCGCUCAGAGCUGUCUUCCUGACUGUUUAGUUAUGUCCAGUCAGUGGCCAAGCACACUGAUGGGGGUUUUCAUGCACACAUGCAGUUGUUUUGACUGUGGUUAAUACUAACAGUUGUAUCCAACUGGUUAUCUGUUCUGAUAUACACCUCUAGGGGAUAGCAUUGUAAACUGUGGGUUUAAGAGGGCUCAUUCUCAAGUGCCCUAAUGUGGUCCAAGUGGUGUCAGGCAGACAGCUCACAAUCUGUACUCCACCACCUGCGUCAGAUGCUGGGAUAGAAAGACAGAAGCAAAGCGCAGCAAAAGCGAUGACUUCUUUAUUUCAGAGCUGUGGAGGCUUCUAGAUUCAAAGAAUUACACCACAGAUUUUUUUCUCCCCACCCCAUUGGCCAGGAUUCAAGAAAGCAGGCCAGGAUAAAGAAUAAAAGUCUUAAAAAUAUUUCAUGGAAAUGCUUAAAGAAUAAAAGAAAAGCAAUGAUUAAUAUUUCUUCCCUUUUCCUUCAAAUAUGUAAUAUUCCCAAAGAAAUGGGAUCAGUUCAUUUUGGCAAGAUCAAGCCAGUAACUGCCCUCCUGUAGUUUGAUAUGAAAUCUGAAUUGAUGGACAAAAUCAGACAGUAUUUCGUUAAUGAUCUGAACAUAUCAAAGCCUUUCUUCCCUCCCAGUUACCCACAAAGCAUUUCUUUUGUUUUCUUUGAAAUGAAAUAUUCAUUGCAUGAAUGAGACAACUAAGAAUAGUCUGUAUUUUUUAUGUUUGUUGUGAUUUGGAAGAAUCCAGUUUUAUUUCCAUAUUUAAAAAGGAAUGUAUUGUUUGAAAACUUCUACUAACGAUCUUGUUUUCUGAUUUUGUCUCUUUUGGUUUUUCCACAACUGAUAUUGUUAUUGAGAAGGUUUCAGGUGGGUGACACUAUUCCUGCGUAGGUGCCUGGCGGAAAGGAACACUAGGGCAGCCUCAGUCCUCUCCUCUUCUUCCAGCCAGCUGCGGCCACCACUCUGACAAAGUCCAAAAAUAUGGCUUGUUACCUGAAAGCAAUUGAGACUCAGCCCAACUUCGCAGUGGCUUGGAGCAACCUGGGUUGUGUGUUCAAUGCCCAGGGAGAGAUAUGGCUGGCCAUACACCAUUUUGAAAAGGCAGUGACCUUGGACCCAAAUUUCCUUGAUGCAUACAUCAAUUUGGGAAAUGUUUUGAAGGAAGCUCGCAUCUUUGACAGAGCUGUGGCUGGAUAUCUAAGAGCCCUGAGUCUGAGCCCAAACCAUGCAGUUGUCCACGGAAACCUGGCUUGUGUCUACUAUGAGCAAGGCCUCAUUGACCUGGCUAUUGACACCUACCGUCGGGCUAUUGAAUUGCAGCCCCACUUCCCCGAUGCCUACUGCAAUCUGGCAAAUGCCCUCAAGGAGAAAGGCAAUUGUCUUUCCCAGGUGUCUGAAGCAGAGGAGUGCUACAACACAGCCUUACGUUUGUGUCCAACCCAUGCUGACUCCCUUAACAACUUGGCCAAUAUCAAGCGUGAGCAAGGCAACAUUGAGGAGGCAGUUCAGCUCUACAGGAAAGCACUUGAGGUGUUCCCAGAGUUUGCAGCAGCUCACUCUAACCUUGCCAGUGUCCUGCAGCAGCAGGGCAAACUCCAGGAAGCCCUCAUGCACUACAAAGAGGCGAUCAGAAUCAGCCCCACAUUUGCUGAUGCAUAUUCAAACAUGGGCAAUACACUGAAGGAAAUGCAAGAUGUACAGGGAGCGCUGCAAUGCUACACCCGUGCCAUUCAGAUCAACCCUGCCUUUGCUGAUGCUCACAGCAAUUUGGCCUCCAUCCACAAGGAUUCUGGAAACAUCCCAGAGGCCAUUGCAUCUUACCGCACAGCCUUGAAACUCAAGCCGGACUUCCCUGAUGCUUACUGCAACUUGGCACAUUGCCUGCAGAUUGUGUGUGACUGGACAGAUUAUGAUGAGCGGAUGAAGAAGCUUGUGAGCAUUGUGGCUGACCAGCUGGAUAAGAACCGCUUGCCUUCAGUGCACCCACACCACAGCAUGUUGUAUCCACUCUCCCACGGCUUCCGCAAGGCGAUUGCUGAACGCCAUGGAAACCUUUGCCUGGACAAGGUACACGCAAUGAUCAAAAUAAAUGCACUGCACAAACCUGCUUUUGAGCAUCCCAAGGAUCUGAAGGCCAGUGGUGGACGUCUACGUGUCGGUUAUGUCAGCUCUGACUUUGGUAACCACCCUACUUCCCACCUGAUGCAGUCCAUCCCUGGAAUGCACAACCCUGAGAAAUUUGAGGUGUUCUGCUAUGCACUCAGCCCUGAUGACAGUACCAACUUCCGUGUGAAAGUGGUCGCAGAGGCUCAUCAUUUCACGGAUCUCUCACAGAUUCCUUGCAAUGGCAAGGCAGCUGAUCGCAUUCACCAGGAUGGAGUCCACAUUCUGGUCAACAUGAAUGGAUACACCAAGGGGGCCAGAAACGAGCUCUUUGCCCUCCGCCCUGCCCCCAUUCAGGCUAUGUGGCUGGGUUACCCUGGAACCAGCGGUGCACCUUUCAUGGACUACAUCAUCUCUGACAAGGAGACAUCACCUAUAGAGGUGGCUGAGCAGUAUUCUGAGAAACUGGCCUACAUGCCCAAUACUUUCUUCAUUGGAGACCAUGCCAACAUGUUCCCUCACCUCAAGAAAAAAGCAGUGAUUGAUUUCAAGUCUAAUGGACACAUCUUUGACAACCGCAUCGUUCUUAAUGGUAUUGAUCUGAAGGCCUUCUUGGACAGUCUGCCAGAUGUGAAAGUGAUCAAGAUGAAGUGUGACAACAACCAGGAAGCUGUUGGGGACACAAAUGGAGCUCUGUCCAUGCCCGUGAUCCCCAUGAACACCGCAGCAGAAGCAGUCAUCAACAUGAUCAACCAAGGCCAAAUCCAAGUCACUAUCAAUGGCUUCACCGUCAGCAAUGGCCUGGCCACCACACAGAUCAAUAACAAAGCUGCCACUGGGGAGGAGGUGCCACGCACAAUUGUUGUGACAACCCGCUCCCAGUAUGGUCUGCCAGAGGACUCCAUUGUCUACUGCAACUUCAACCAGCUCUACAAGAUUGAUCCCCCUACUCUUCAGAUGUGGGCCAAUAUCUUGAAGCGUGUGUCCAACAGUGUCCUGUGGCUUCUUCGUUUCCCGGCUGUCGGCGAGCCCAACAUCCAGCAGUAUGCCCAGAACAUGGGUCUACCUGCCUCUCGCAUCAUCUUCUCACCCGUAGCCCCCAAAGAGGAGCAUGUGAGAAGGGGCCAGCUGGCUGAUGUGUGCUUGGAUACUCCCCUAUGCAAUGGUCACACCACAGGCAUGGAUGUUCUUUGGGCUGGAACACCCAUGGUCACCAUGCCAGGUGAGACCCUUGCUUCCCGUGUGGCUGCCUCACAACUGAACUGUCUGGGCUGCCCUGAGCUAAUAGCCCACAGUCGCCAGGACUAUGAGGACAUAGCAGUCAAACUGGGAUCUGACAUGGAAUACCUGAAGAUGGUCCGAGCACGUGUUUGGAGGCAACGAAUCUGCAGCCCUCUUUUCAACACCAAGCAAUACACAAUGGACCUGGAGAGGCUCUAUCUGCAGAUGUGGGAGCACCAUAGCAAGGGCAACAAGCCAGAGCACAUGGUUCAGACAGUGGAGACCAGUGAGAAUGCCUGAACUAGAAGCACGCUGAUUUCUUUUCCCGAACAUGUCUAGCCAUCCCCACCAUCUUUUUUUUUUUUUUUUUUUUAAACCAUUGUCAUCACCAUAGCUUGGAAUGGUCACUUUCCAUUUCAGCUUCCCCCUGAAUGAUUGUCUCAUCUCUCUCAAGUACUACUAGUAGGACUCUUUAUUUGUGAAGGAGCCUACAGAUACACAUUUAUCCUCCAUCACAUUUGUCAUCACGUCACACAUUUGCGAUCCCUGAGCCAGAUCGAGCCUGAGACUUUCAGGCAACUCUUCUGUGACUCUUGUCCUUAAACACAGUAUAUUUGGUGAGCAUGAGAGGAUUGUGAAUGCCCUGCUUACCCAUCAGUACUUGGAUCCGUGGAUUUUAUUUUUAUUUUUUUUUCCCCCCGACAUGUCGGUGUGCAUACAGGACUAAUUGCAGCUGGUGGAGGGAUUGCCCAGCCGUCUUGCUUGUUGAUCUAUUUAUAAAUGGAUUAAGAGUGUUGUGUGUUUUAAAAGGACAAUGUUGCACCAUGAACGUUGUAACUCUGACUUAAGUUUCAUCAGCUUUAACAUGCAUUUGUAAAACAUAGGUUGCAACUGCUCUUGAGUUUGUCUUAAGCUGUUAUUAAAUUACUGCGAUGAAUAGAUGUGCAAGUUUUGAGGAGUAUGGUCUAGAUAAAGACUUCUCCCCCUCACCCAAAUUCCAACUUUUCUUAAUUACAUUGUCAAUCAAGGAAUACCUUCAGUAGCUGUUGUCCUGUUUGAUGUCACACUAUGCUUGUAAAGAUGAUUGGACAAAGGAGCUUCAAUUAGUUGGAAAGGGCCUAAAUUUAAGUUUAGAUGUCAGAGCUGUUCACAAAUUGAUCUUGUUUUUUAAUCACUCAAACCCGGAAUGGCCUAGGUAAGUAUUUUCUAAGAAGUUUUUCUUUUUGUAUUGUCCGUUAACUGUAUGCUGUCAAUGAUGCCACAGGCUCAAAAUAUAAUAAAAAAAUAAAGAGAUGGCAAAACUCUG